AUGAUAAGCACAACCAAGAAAAUACAACAGGCAAAUCACAAAAUGAGUGAACCAGACAAAAAAUAUAUCACCGUGUACUACUGUAGAAAUGGAGGAAGGAACCAAGGAAAGGACAGAAAGAAAAUUCCAGAAAUAAACGAGGGAUACGUGACGAUAGAAAUAACUAGGAUGAACCAGAGGAUACACCCCUAUAGGAAGGCAAAAAACCAGCUUAUUUUUCCAAAGGGAAGUUCUCAAAGCAGCAAGCGGAGGAGCAAUGCAAAUGGGAGGGAUAGCGGUAUCAACCGAGUUGGGGAGCGCGGGAGGAAGUUCCUGUCGAGCUGCAUAAACUCCUUUUUGAAUGAAAACGCAAAGUGGAGCUGGACGAAAAUAUUACUCGACUUGGUGCACGACACAAAAAACAGAAUCAACGAAAAGAUUAACGCUUUCCUUAAAGUGUGCGUUUUAAGUGCAGAUUAUUUUCCCAAUGAGCUGCAGAUAAAUGACGACACGAUGACGAUGAUGAUGAGUGGGGGGACAAAUGGAUCCGUGAACUACUUCAACGCAGAACGCGCGAAAAUGCUGCUCGAGUCUGCAUCUGUGUAUGAUAAAAAAUACACCACUAAGGGGAUUACAACCCAGGGAAGGUUCUCUCCUUCGGGAUGUCUACCAAUAAAUGGGGACUCCUUCAGACACGCCAAUGCUAACGGACUUCAUUACAUCGAGGGGGUAAGGGACAACUACUAUGCUCAGAACAUAACCAAUUUUAAUAGCUUCAACAAAUCACUUUUUAACCACAACUUAUGGGGUCAGUCAAGCUUUUUUUCCAUGCGCAACUCGGGCAAUGAUUCGUAUUUACCGCAAAAUUGGGGACCCCCCUACUUGCACACACACUCUGCUCCUCCGAAAAAACAAAAUGUAAAAAACUUCUACAUUUCUGUGGUUAACAAAAAAACGAAUGUGAAGGAGGUGAGAAAGAUUAGCUUGAUGGAAAUUUGCAGCUCUCCCUACUUCUUCCUGUGCCAAGGGUUUCUCUCAGACUUGGAGAGCUACUUGGCUUUGAAUCACUGCCUUUUGUAUCUUAAGAAAAACAAAGCAGAACUGUCGCAGAUCCACGUGAACUUCUUCUCCUCCCUAAUAGACGUCGACGAAGUCAACUUCCUCGAAGAAGGUGUGUCCAAAUCCAUCCUCAGACAUGCCAUUAGAAGACUCACCACAUUGUUUAAAAUCCCAACUGAUGACAUAAAAUCGGUGGAGUUUUGUGUAUACAUAAAAGGCAGCGAACAGAUGGAGAUCCUAAAUUUUACCGGACAGAAUAUUUACAGAUAUCUCAUUUUUAUAUUUUUAAGCAGCAAAAAGGGUAACUUUUUGGAGUUCCCCAAGAGUGGGCUGAAAAUUAUGACCAUGAUUGGGAACUCCGUGAUAUAUGAAUGCUCCGGGGUGGGGAGUGAUUCCAGUCCGGGGGUAGACUCCAACUCAGACAAUACUGCCUUCAAAUUCGAUCUCUCAGAAGAGAAACUCUUUUUCCUAAAAGUUAACCUCAAGGAGAACGUAGAUUUGCACCAAGUGUUAGUAAGAGAAACGGGUGCUGCCGCAACAGGUGGUAAGUCGCUUCCCAGGACUGCCACAUUUGCAGAAUUGUCCUACGCAGGCUCCCCUAACGCUACUUAUUCUUAUAAUUAUUCCCCUCCUCAUGUUACCUCCAACCGGGUGAACCUCACUAGCGUCGGCUUUAACCCGGUGAUCAAUCCAUUUUCGUGUGUUCAGCAAAACGUAGACACCAUUAGCAAAGAGAUAAUGCAGCUGAACAUGAACAGUAUGCGCAACUUAUACUUAAAGACGAAGACUGCUAAAAAUUGCGCAUCCCCUUUUGUCAUGCCCGUUUCGCAGUUUUCACAGCACCCAAUGGGGGAUAACUCCCCCCAAAGGUGCUAA